AUGAGCCUAUCCUUGCGCCACGCGCCAUUCAUCGUGCUUUCACCGCUGGACCAUUCUCCUGCACACCGGGAUGUGCAGCAAAAUGCACGUGGAGACGCGUGUGGUUUCCAUCGCUUGGGGCGGCGAUGGUGCCAGGCCGUCUUGGCGGGCGCCACGUCGAUUCGAGCCAAGAGCAGGCAGCAAGCGCUAGCUGGGGCGCCGUCUCGGCGCACACAGCUGCUGGUGGAUGCGGACCAGUUCAGCAUAGAGAUGAUACAGGAGGCCAUUCGCCUCCUGGGCGGCCAUGGACAGGUGACGACCUUCAUCUUCGCCGAGCCGGGCCGCAGGAGGAAUGCCCACUGGGCGGCGCUUCUGCGACAGCGCGGCAUUCGCUUUUGUGCGGUGCCGCGUGGCGGCUCCCCCCCACCGGGAGCCCAAUGA